CUCAGCCUCCUCUAACAGAGGCCACACCCACCCAGCCUCCUCUAACAGAGCCUGCUGAGGCCACGCCCACUCUGCCUCCUCUAACAGAGGCAAUGCCCGCUCAGCCUCCUCUAACAGAUGCCACACCCACUCAGCCUCCUCUAACAGAGGCCACGCCCACUCAGCCUCCUCUAACAGAGGCCACGCCCACUCAGCCUCCUCUAACAGAGGCCACGCCCACUCCGCCUCCUCUAACAGAGGCCACGCCCACUCCGCCUCCUCUAACAGAGGCCACGCCCACUCAGCCUCCUCUAACAGAGCCUGCUGAGGCUGAAUCCUCUGAGCUCCAAGGCCGGAGUUUGACGGGAACUCUCAGCUUCGAAACAUUUUUCUGCUGCAGUCUAACGGUGCCAGAUAAGUCUGUGGCCAAUUCUUAAAAAUCACGACUUAUUUUAGUGUUCAGUUUGUAAACUGAGGUCCAGUCUGAACACAGCUCUAUGUUUCUGACUAAUCUACAGGCUUUAUAUUAGGGAUGUCCCGAUCAGAUACUCAGUAUCAGUGGCAGAUAUGGACAUUUUUUAAAAAUCGGGUAGAAUCAGAUU